CAAACUUUUAGGCCAAUGUAUUGAGCCAGGUGAGUCAAAGCAAGUAGACCCAUCUAUAUUGUCACUUGUUCUAUCUGUCCUCUGGCUACCCAAGCCGUGCCUCUAGGUGUGAGUUGUGCACGCCUCCUGCAGUCGACCCUGGACCGCAUAAGCAGCCCCUGCUACGUGAGUCUGGACUGCCAUGGAGACUUGGAAAGCUUGGCAUUCAUCCACCCACCUGAUGCUUGCGAUGUUACUUGACGGCACGGAGGUAGACCCUGGACAAUUCCCCCUCAGACCCCGGACUCAUGCUACUUAGUAGGCGGCGCCUCCUUUUACUCUGCCAUCCGCACUUUCAACCGAUCCCUUGUCUAUUAGUGCAGUAACCUUAUUAAGGAGGCCGAUCAGUGUGCUCGGCUUCUACCGCCCGGAAUUAUUGCCGUCAGAGUCGUCUCGGCGUCACCUUUCAGUCAGCCCGGUUGGUUCAGUGCACAAACAUGAUCAGACCCACGACUGCUCUCGUGCAUCGCGCGGACUCUCGGCACUACUAUCAUCAUAUGCAAGAAAUACGAGCUCGCACCUGGCGACCUGCCUCUGCGGGAGUCAACAGUGGGCAAUUGGCCACUCACCUGCUUUGCCGCACCGCCUAUGCUGGAGUAACUCUUCUGACAGGAAUGGGGUGGGCUCGUAAUGCUGGGGCGGAGGGUCGGAAGGUCGGAGGCGGGACACCCUCACGAUGCACUAAGUUCCACCAACUGCUGACGGACAAGUGGGAUAUGCGAAGUGUCGUGUCGCGGCCCGGCCUGGAUGAUGCAGUCAUUACUCAAUGCAGUGACCUCUCAACCUCUCAGACGGCCGUGUUUUGUUUUGCACAUGCACAACCAAUGAAUACAUUACACGAGAAAGGCCGACCGCCCGCGGGCGGAGUGAGACCUGUAAUCGAGGCCUGAGCCGUGGGCGCCACCGACCGGCGAAACACCUGCGACAGCCCAGGGCUAGGUGCUGGAGGUGCUGUAUUCGAGGCAAUGAGGAGAUGGGAGGCGAGCGGGAAUACGAUCAUUUUGGAUGUGGUCUGUGGGACGGGGAGAUGGAGACCUGGCCGAGCUUAUCACCCGACGUAGCCGAUGAUGGCAUUGUAGUGGAGAGAACUGUCCGAGUUGAUUCGCGGUAGUGAGACCUAUUGAGACAUACUAGCCAAUAAUCUGGGGAGAGACAAUCACAACGAACGGCAACAAAAACAAGAACGGCAUGUAGCAAUUAACGCCAAUGGCAGAUGCAAAAUGAGUUCCGUCAGCGGUCAUUUUCCCCGAGGGCCCAUCUCGGAGCGGCUUGGCUUGCCUGGAAAUUGGAGAUGCACGCCAGCAACACAC